CUCGGUACCUCAUAAAGUUGUGAAUCAUUCGUCUCUUACGCACUAAAAAUCGUAAAUAAAAGAAGAAUUUUCUUACUUGGUUAGUUCACAGUAGAAAUCGUGACCGGUUAAUUUCACAUGAAAAUUAGCAAUUUUUGCCAAAUUAUGGAUUCUGAGGAUCAAGGAGCUCCUGUCGUAGGAUUUGAAAACGUUCCUGAAAACGAUGCCGCUGAGUAUUUAAAUAAUUACAAAACCCACACGCCCGGAAUCACGCACGACGAGAUGGUCCGUGCCUACACGGAAUGGGCCACCAACUACGAUAAGGACCUUUGUCCAGGACGCUAUAAUGGUCCCGAGAUUGCUGCUCGAUUCAUGGCGACCCAUUACCCUGUGGAGGUUCGAGACAAACUAAACAUUCUCGAUGUCGCUGCGGGUACAGGACAAGUUGGGAGAGAAUUGCAUAAAGUGGGAUUCAGGAAAAUUGAUGCUUUGGAACCUUCCCCCGGAAUGCUACAAGUUCUUAAGCGCAGAAACAUAUACGGAACUUUGUACCAAGUAGCUUUAGGACUUGAACGGAUUAACGCAAUUGCAACGGACGCAUAUGACGCUCUCGUCAUCGCUGGAGGGAUGGGAGAAGGACACAUCCCGGUGAGGGGUCUGGAUGAAAUAGUUCGCAUAGUGAAACCGGGGGGUACUGUUUUCAUCGUGAUGCGUGAGGAGUACUUAUCCUACGUGACGGAAUACGUCGGAAAGUUGGAGCCUUACAUGGAAAAUUUGGUUAGGUUGGCGCAUGGCGUCGGCUUGAUCGAGCUAUCGUGGAGAACUAUUCUUUCGGAAAAUCUGGAGUGGUAUUCAAGUAUCAAGUCGAAAAGUAGGGCCGACCCAAUAAUAAGUUAAGACAAAAGUGCGACAUUUUUUAAUAUCGGAAUCCUAAUAUGAAUUAUUUUAUUGAGAUAAAUUGUAUAGUCGUAACUUAAACUCGGCAAAGUAUGUAUAAGUGUAAAACCUAAUGCGAAUAUUAUAAUAAAAAUUGUCUAU